AACAGGUUUUCGUAUCAACAAGAAAUUGUUCGAUAUAGUCAUCAUACACUUCACUAAGAUCAAGUUGAGAUAGAUGUGAAUACUCAAUGAUUAAUAAAUUUUGUUUGUUAUCAUGUAAUUUUCUAGAUCGUUUAUCAUUUUGUCGUUUUUCAUUAAUUAAAGUUAAUAUUUUCAUAAAUGGAAAUGAUUGAAAGAUUUGAAAAAAAAAUUUAUGUUCAAAAGGUUGUUCAUCAAAUAACAAUAUUUCACGAACAUGUUUAAAUAUUCGAGGAUAUGGGGUGUGGGUCUGGAUACGAAUCGUCUUUCCACCCACAUCCUCCGUAAUUUCAUUUUCCGGUAAAGAUCUAGGAAAGGGUCGAAAAUGUCUGAAAAUUUCAGAGUGUAUAAAGUAGACAUUGGGCUACAAUAUGGCUAAACUGAAAUUGAAAACACAGCUAAUCAAGAGGAAUCAGAGAGAGAUUUUUCAAAAAAUUCCUGGAAUUCCCUAGAAAACUUUUCAAGCAUUUUGAUUCUAAAGUAGACUUGUAUCCUCACCUAUGCUCUUUCUAACGGCGAAAACGUAAACUUAAUAACUAUCAGUGUUAUCGAGCUAUUCAACUAACAACCGUGUCCAUUUUUUUUUCGAAAUGGAUAAUAGUUCGACGUGUAAUCGGUGAAAAUAAACAAGAGAAAUCAAUUAUAGAUUUUGAUGAAAUGGCAAUCAAUUUACAAAAGAGAGCAUCAGUAUGUUAUUUUUCAUGUAAAUGUAUCAAACUGAACAGCAACGUUUUCAGAACUACUACGCGUUUCAAAAUAUAAUGCCCUCUACUGCAGUUUGAAUAACUGAAGAAGGUAAAUAGAUGAAGACGCGCGGUUUUCACCAAUCGAACGAGGAGAGAGAGGAACAUCUUUAUCGCCAAUAUUGUAUAAGAUGGAAUCAUUUUAAAAUGAGUCGUUUUUAACAAAAAGUAAGACAAUAUACUUAAAAAUUAAAAGAAAUCCGUAGUUUUCGUGCAAUUGAAUAGACGAUUUCGUUUGUUCAACACCAAAAUUUCAUCAGAAUGAAGAAUUCUCGGAGUAUUCAACAACGAUAUUUAUUAGUAGUCGCUGCUUUUGUCGUUGAAGAUCGAUGAAUUAAUCUAUGUGUCAUUAAAGAAUCGAGCAAAAUCUACAAAAUCCUUUUUGUAUUCAUUAUUGUGUCCUUUUCAUAAUCCUCAACUAUCGUUAUUUAUUCGACUUAAUCUUUGUCAUCGCCAUGAGAAUGUCAUUCAUUCAUUCAAUCCAAUCGAAUGAGGUACUCGGUUGCUUUUGUUUGGUGUCUUUUUAUCUUUUCAAUAGUGGUUCAUUCGGAGCCAGUCGAUUACAAUAUUCAUGGUACUAUCAAACCUGGCUGGGAAUUUGUUCGAAAUUUAUUUCGAGAAAAUUUCGUACAAGAUCGAGAUCUGGGUGCUUCCGUAGCGGCUUAUUAUCAAGGAUCAUUGGCGUUUGAAUUAGGAGGUGGAUGGUUUGAUCAAUCGCGAACAAAACCUUACGAUGUCGAAACUUUGCAAUUGGUCUUCUCGACUUCAAAAGGUCUUGUUGCUGCCGCUGUUGCACUUGCAGUUCAACGUGGUCUUCUCGACUAUUCAGCUUUAGUAACUCGUUACUGGCCUGAAUAUGGACAAAAUGGAAAAGAAAAUACCACUGUAGCCGACAUAAUGUCCCACCGAGCCGGAUUGCCCUAUAUUUCGGAACCAUUCGAACAAUUUUUAAAUUGGACAGCAAUGAUUCAUACAUUAGAACAANAGUGGACGUUCGCCAUUGGCGAAAGUCCAAUUUACGAAAGUCCUAUUGGCGAACAUCCGGCUACUCUUUACAACAACGUGACAUCGGAGUUACCAAUUAUGCUUUCAUAUUUGCGAAAUAAUCUUGUUCCUAUACAAUCGGAUAUUUUUUGCAAGUUUUGGAUAUGUCAAGAUUAUUCAUUUAAUGUGAUGAUUUUAAUGCUAAUGGGUUUCACUGCAAUCGAACGUUAUUUACUCGUUUUUCAUCGCCAAUUUCUUCAGCAACAUUUAGUUGUUCUUCACUAUAUACCAAUGAUUCUUUGCAUUAUCUAUCCAAUAGGACUCUAUACUUAUUUAAUAUUUUUCUAUCCUUGUAUUAAUCAAUUCACUUAUACUAUGAUUACAUGUAAUGCGCCUUGCUAUUUCUAUGAAACCACAAUUAGCACUUUCGAUCAAUUUAUUGAUCUUAUUUUUCCUGUUGUAGUUAGUAGUCUUGCUAGUCUUGUAUUAUUGAGUCGUAUUGUAUGGCAAAAACGUCGCAUGCAACAGCGUCAAAUGUGGAAAAAAAAUCGACGCCUUCUCAUACAAUUAUUAUAUAUUGUAAUAUUGUACAAUCUUGUCUGGCUGCCUAUGAUAAUUUGUUGGUUAGUUAUUAUUUUGUCUCCAGUUCCACAACCUUUCUUGGUCGAAUUGAGCAUCAAUAUUUUACCAUAUGGUAUUUACAUUUUGAUUUUGCUAUGUCUUUUUGUUUCAUUAAUUAGUUUACCUGAACUAUGGCCUCGACACGAUCCAAGGAUUGUUCCAUUAACAAGAGUUGGAAAUUCAUUACGACCUAUUGCACUAUUACCAAUCAUAGAUGCCAAUGCUUCAACUAGAGCAAUCUGA